AUUUGCUACUCCUGCUAUAUGGCUAAUCCGGCACUGAAUAGAUGGCUUUUCUAAAUAUACUUGGAUAUGUCUACUAAGUCGACCGGCGCUGAAGAAGUUAUCAAACACUUGGAAUCUUGGAAUUUUGCAGCAACAACAGGAUUGACCACAUCGAGACGACUGCAGGUGUGCCAAGGGGCAAUGGCCAGAUCGAACGGGUCAACAGAGUUAUCAUUUCAGUUCUCUCAAAGAUGUCAGCAGCAGAACCAGCAAAGUGGUAUAAGUACACAUCGCAAGUGCAGCAGGCCAUAAACGCACACGUCCACGCUUCAACUAGUUUCACGCCUUUUGAAGUUAUGUUUAGCAAACGUAUGAGAAACAACUCCAGUCCUGAGCUUUUGAGGUUCCUUCAAGAUGAGAUGCUGGUAAACUUGCAAGACAAACGCAAUCAAAUCUGGCAGGAAGCUAGAUUACAAAUCAAAAAAGCUCAAGACAACUACAAGAAAAACUACGACAAGAAGAGAAAGAAUCAUCAUGGUUUCCAGCUGGGAGAUCUAGUAGCCAUCAAGAUGACCCAGUUUAUAGCCGGAAGAAAGUUGGCCAAAAAAUACAUUGGUCCAUAUGAAGUCAUUCAGGUAAAACGCAACAGCAGAUACGACGUCAAGAAGGCAGCCGACUUUGAGGGUCCACUACAGACAUCUACUAGCGCUGAUUUCAUGAAGCUGUGGCGCUAUGCUGAUUUAGAAGAAGAUGACGACCUGAGCGACGAGGAAGCUGAAGCAUCUGGGACAGAUGUUUUGCAGGAUGGCCGAAUGUGAAGUAAUGGCAGUAGUAGAAGUUGGCAGUCCUUAUUCAUAUCGAUAUGAGACUUCUUUCAACAGUCUUCAGCGAUAGCCCAUCACUCAGAAAGUAGAAGCGAGUCUUGGAUCAGCGAAAAAGCAGAGAACGUGCAAAAAGUCGGCCGUAAAGUUUUAAAAGUAGUCAAGUCGCGCCAAUCAGUUGCCAAAUUGUUGUUCAACCUUUUUGAAUCAUUAUAAUCAACAUUUUUGUAAACAUUUAUCCACAUAUCUAUCCAAAUAAACUUAUGAUAAUAAU